AUGUCUAUCCGUUUAUGGGAUGUUAAGACAGGAUAAUAAAAAGCCAAAUUAGAUGGUCAUUCAAGUGAUGUUAUGUCAAUUUGUUACUCUCCUGAUGGUACUACAUUAGCAUCUGGCAGUGAAGAUAAGUCUAUCCGUUUAUGGGAUGUUAAGACAGGAUAAUAAAAAGACAAAUUAGAUGGUCAUUCAAGUGAAGUUUAUUCAAUUUGUCACUCUCCUGAUGGUACUACAAUAGCAUCUGGUAGUGCAGAUAACUCUAUUCGUUUAUGGGAUGUUAAGACAGGAGAAGAAAUCGUCUCUUCAGAUAAUCGAUAUAAAAACAUUUUAGCAUAAUUUUAAACUCCAAUUAUUAACAACAUGAUUAAAAAUAAUGGUAUUAGUUAUCUAUUAUUAUUUAGUUUCAUCGAUUAUCACUAUUCUUUUAAUAUCACAAUAGCUUAUAUUUUAAUCUUAAGGAGCUCUAAUUUUGACAGGAGAAUUUAGUAAUCAAUCUGGUAUAGACUUGAGGACAUUAUUUAAACAAAGAGGAAGUAUCAUUUUAGAGAACGAUAUGAAGUUAUAUAAACGAUGAAAUUUGAUUAAUAUUAAUCAUAUAUAAUAUAUUUUCAUUUUUCAGAAUCAAC